AAGGAACAAGGACUCAGAACUAAAUGUUGGGGAAUCACACUAGUGCCACUGAAUUUUAUCUUGUUGGUUUUCCUGGCUCUGUAAAACUACGCCAUAUCCUUUUUGCUACCUUCUGCUUUUUCUACUUGGUGACAUUAGUGGGAAACACGGUCAUCAUCGUGAUCGUCUGUGUUGAUAAGCGUCUGCAGUCCCCCAUGUAUUUCUUUCUUGUUCACCUCUCCAUCCUGGAGAUUUUGGUCACAAGCGUUAUUGUACCUGUGAUGCUUUGGGGGCUGCUGCUCCCUGGAAUGCAAGGUAUAUCUUUGGCUGGGUGUGUGGCCCAACUCUUUCUGCAACUUGCUCUGGGGACCACGGAGUUUUCUUUGCUUGGAGCAAUGGCCGUGGAUCGUUAUGUAGCUGUCUGCAACCCCUUGAGGUACAGUGUCAUCAUGAACAGUCGCACCUGCAACUCUGUGGUAAUUGUAUCAUGGAUAUUUGGGUUCCUUUAUCAAAUUUGGCCAGUUUAUGCUACGUUUCAACUUAACUACUGCAAAUCAAAUGUGGUGGACAAUUUCUUCUGUGACCGAGGGCAGUUGCUCAAAUUAUCCUGCAAUAAUACUAUUUUCAUAGAGUUUAUCCUCUUUCUAAUGGCGGUCUUUGUUCUUUUUGGUUCUUUGAUCCCCACAAUUGUCUCCUACACCUAUAUCAUUGCCACCAUCCUCAAGAUCCCCUCAGCCUCUGGCCGGAAGAAAGCCUUCUCCACCUGCGCCUCCCACUUCACUUGCGUCGUCAUUGGCUACGGUUGCUGCUUGUUCCUCUAUGUGAAACCCAAGCAGACACAGGCAGCUGACUACAAUAGGGUGGUUUCCCUAAUGAUUUCGAUUGUUACUCCCUUCCUCAACCCUUUCAUCUUCACACUCCGUAAUGACAAAGUCAUAGAGGCCCUUCGGGAUGGAGUGAACCGCUGCUACCAUUUAUUCAAGAGCUAACCUUGUCCUGAGGCAUCUACAUGGCCAAACACAUGCUACAAACGUUGGAAUAAUCUGAGAAGAACAUCUCUGAGCUGC